GACGCCGGAGCGGACGCUCGACCCGCGUGCGUUCGUCUUCUCCCCAAGCCUCGCGCGCACUCCGCACACACGCCCGCAUGCCCGCAUGUCGUAAAGCGAGGCCUCCACCGACGCGGUGCCAAGCGCAAUGCCGCGUCCCUGUUCGGCGAAGGAGAAAUGCUAGUCGAGUGCGGACAUGGAAUAACGACACGAAGACGGUCUCGGGCGACGCCGAAUAGUAGUACCCCGGUGAUGUGAAUGGAUGCCAGUGGCGACGGAACCACCGACAACGGGCCUUGUGGUUCCUGAAGACAGCGUCUAUACUCCGCUUAUAGGUGCAGUCGGGGCAAUGGAGGUCCCUGUACUUUCUAAAGGCCACAAAGUGCUGAGCAACGAGUACUGCUACGGCUACACGGACAAGUUCGGCAAAUGGAACAACGGGUUCCAGUGCCCGGCGCAGAGCAGCGGCGAGCCCGUCUACUGCUGUGGGACAGCCACCGAGCCGUACUGCUGCCGCAAGGAGGAGGAAGAACCACCGGCGCCGGCGCACGACCAGACGCUUCUCCUGGGCGUGGCCCUGGGCACGCUGCUGGUGGUGGCGCUACUGGCCCUGGGCGCCUGCCUGCUAUGCCGCCGCCGGAUGGCGCACAAAAACAGGCACCAGACCAUCAACGGAGGCCCCAUCUACAGGAUGCACUGCGGCAGCUCCAGUGCAAACACCUACUCCUUCUCGGGCCAUGACAGCGGCGCAACUACCCCCGGCACCAUGCCUUCCAGCGGCGUCACUGGAGGUGGCGGAGCACCCGUUGCCCCGAGCAGCUGCCACCAGCACACGGCGUCCGAUCGCGGCGCCCUCUCGGAGCCGUUCGGCGAAAUGGAGCCGCCCCCGCCGCCUCCGCGCGACAUCUCGAGCUUCAGCGGGCUCCUCACACCGUGUCCCUCAGGUGGGCUUCACUACAACGGCCCGAUGCCGCACAUGGAGCCACCGCCUCCAUACCAAGUGGAGAGCCCUCAUUCGACUCUGCUCGUUCGGACCAUACCCAGCGACGCAUCCAACUGUAGCCAACAGAGCUUCGGCACGCUGCGCAUCUCGCAGCAACGGCCGGCGCAGCGGUUUCAGCAACUGCCUCGGCUACCACAGCAGCAAGCCACCACCGGCCGCGAUCCCGCGUACUGGUGCACCAAGUUCUGACUUGACACGGAAUAGAACUUGGUGCCGACCACAAACCGAGAUCUUGGAGGUCCCCGUCACGCUACAGUGGCUGUAGUUACAGUCAGCCAGAGGAAAGCGCAGGAUGCUGCUGGAAGCGUCUGGAGUGCAUGCGAAUGCGGCGCAACCAGCCGGGUAAUUCCGGAAACUCAUUUGAGUAGCGGCUCCUAGGGCCACUGAUGGGAAGACGACGUACGCGCCUCCUGGGUGUUUUUCUUUUGUUGCCCCGCUGACACUGAUGGCCUACAACGGAUAUGCCCGAGUUAGUGUGUCAUCUGUUACGUGGAUAACAACGAAGGACGUGUCGUGCGAUACGAGUGUGAGGACUUGAUCUCGACGACGAUGACGACGCCUCGUGAUGCGAACGAACCACGUGCCACUGCCACUUACUGCGAGAGACCUGGGGAUAGCCGUGCACAGAUAUAACUGUUACAGAACUGUUACAGAAGUUUGUUCUAAAUGACAGCUUCAUUAUAGCGUUACACUGUGUUGCCAAGAAAAAAAAAAUUACAUAUUGUGUUUUGCUCGUGCCAUGCCAAAGUGCACAAGUUAUGAAGUGCGCUUUCUGGCAAGAAGAAAGUAGUCAAUGUCACAAGUGCUCACUAAAAUAUGGUCAUUUUAUAUAGUACAUCAGCUGAAUCCACCUAUGCUGCAUAUCCGAGGGAUAACAUAGAUGCACCUAUGUCGCAUUAAAGGGUGUCUGUGUCCGCAGACCUUCUUGCCAUUUAACGAGCUUGCAUCUUUAUCAAUCGUGAACAUAAAGACUGCAGAAAAUAUGAGAUUGUUAGGAUAAGCUAAAAUUUAUUGCUGUUGCAAGUUUUCUCAAUAGAAGAUGCAAGCCCAUUUCACUCAAGCAUGAAAAUCAACAAUUACCAGCGUGAAAGUAACUCGUGAUGAUGUAGCUAUUAAUGGUGCCUGCAGAAGCAAGUGUCCAUAACGCACAACUAAGUUUUUUAUAAGCCACGUACGACUCGGUACAACUAUGGCCAUUGCAAAACACCAUGAUGUGAACUGUGCUGCAUUACAACCUGCAUUACAAGCUACAAUUUCAUUACAAUUUAUUAGUCAGUGAAAACUUCAGUAACCAUACUUCCACAAACAAAAAUGCACUAGAUCAACUAUCUGGUUUCUCAUAAUACAACAGCCUUUAGGACUCUCAGAAUGCUUCAAUACAUGUGGCAUAUCGAUAAAUUUGCGAUAGCACAAAUACAGAGAAUAAUAUAAGAGCACCAAAUAUCAAAUUAUGACCUAUUUUAAGCAAACCAUUCAUUUUUUAUUAUUUUCUUUUGGAGGUCAGCAGCCAAAAUGCUGUGAAAAAGCCAUAUAUCAUAUUAACAUAAAAGAAGGCUUUGUACAUGCGGAAUGUGCUUACACGUGUCUCAUAUAACCAAUUAAAGAAGCUAAACACCAUCACCAAAGAAAUCAACUCGGGUAAACACCACUGACAGUUUUUCACGAGCUUCCUGUGCGCUCAUGCAAUACAAGAUGAAGCUACUGGGACCAUGACUUGCAAUUUAAAGGAUGGUUCAUUAUGGUCAAGUUGUUUUUCAACAAAAGAUAACUGAGUACUAGUUCUGUCUACAUUAAAGGGCCCUUCACCAGACCACAUAGCAAAUUUUGGUUAUACAGUGGAAGUUGUUACGUUCCCUCUAAGGAGUAUUGUACCACAAGAAUUUUUCAAUUUAGUUCAUUAAUAGUACAGAUAGAAAUACUUGAAGUACCGCAAACUCAUUAUUUCAGGAGGUGAGUGUCACCGCCAUCAUAGACACCCUCUCUCCACUUUCCCAGUCUAGCCUCCACAAGUGAAAUUCAUUGCCUGUGUUGUCCUGUACCAGAACAGGAGGCUUGUGUGACAGAUACGUCAUGGGCCCCGCCUUUUUCCCCCCCUCUUUAGCAUUUUUGCUGAGUGGCGCUCUUUCGGUGAUAAGUCUUGCACACAGGUUGUUGCGUUUGCUUGGUUUCGCGCAGCGAACGAUUUUGCGCACUCUGCAUGAGAACACCUGGUUAGUGGUAUAUGUCAGUGCCACAGACAUGAGCACUUAGGCAGAUGCGAGAGGAUGAAUGAACUUGAACACAGCACUGGAACAUGGUAGAAAAUGACAGUUUCAUUUCACUUGCCACGGUGCAAAGUAAAACAAAAACAAGCAGAUAUUUGGUUCAUAUGUUUUAUUAUUUCUCUAAACUUUAAUUGGCUUUGUGAAGCAACAGAUUAAACAUAACUGAUGUUGCCUUGAAUAAUUCUUGAAGUCCCGUGUCACUGUGAGUGAGAGCACUGCCAUGUACGCAGGUGCACUUGUGCGAUUGACGUCGGCUCUCCGGCUCGGAGCGUGGCACCCGUGAGAAGGGCAAAUGGCAUUUGGUUUGAAAUUCAAGUACUUUCUACGGUGGGUACGGACGUAGUACUUAACAGACACAAUCGUUAGCACACAUUGUAUGCACUGCGUUUGUCAGAUCAAAAUGGUCAGACCUGGUGAGGGGUCCUCUAACAAAUUACUUAAUUGAUGAGUCAUACUUCUCAAAAACAAAACGAAGUCAUCCCUUAAAUUUAUGCUCAGUAGACACACUUAUCAGCAGAGCAAUUCUUGCUUUGAUCAUUACAAGAAAAAAAUAUUAAAAAUUCACACGCGCUUGCACACACAGAGAAUGGGUAUAAGCACAAGACAUGCCAAUUCUUGUAACUACAUUUGUGACAUUUUUGGUCUAUACAUUUUUUUAAAGAAAAUGUGCACAUUCACCUCAUUCUUGCAUGAUUAAAGACCGUUGUGAAAAGAGAAAUUUCAA